AUGACACGUCUAGCGACAGGACUGCUGGGCAAUGGACCAGAAAACGAAAUCUGUGGAGGCGUCGUCCACUCAAAUGAGUGCAUAUGCGUUUUGGACGAGAGCGCCUUCCGUGACUACAAGUUUAUUGUCAAGGACAUGUACAAGAAAAUGAAAUCCAUUCAGAAGUACCAGUUAUUCAAGAUGCGGAGUAAAUUUACUGGGGUGGUGGAAUACCGUACGCUUCCGACCGACGGGCCUGUGCUGCACGACUUUAGGCGAGUUUACGACCAAGUCCAAGUUGAUACUGAUCACGCAAAACGUCUUAUAGCUGUGUACUUGAAGGUCCUCCCGAGACCGCAGGCUAACGCUGAGAAGGCGACGCAGCCUUUUACAAAUAGCAGGCCCUGGGCUGAUACAUGUAGCCACUUGGAUACGAAGGAGAUUUUCCACGUUGGUGUGAGAUACACCACUGGUUACAUUUGGCAUCUGCACGCAUUUAGGGCAUUUAUUGGUUGA